CUUCAGCGCGCGUCACGUGGUUUUCAACACCCGGAAGACCGGCCUGGAAAGUCACUCAUGUCAGAAGUUUUAAGCUAUUUUCUCACUGUUUUACGUUUUUAAACCAUCUUUUGUUCAGCAGAGGUGUCCUCCAACAUGAUGCAGGCUUUGAAAGGCGUCAGACAUCUUCAGUCCAGUGCUAUAAAACAAGCAGUUUCAGAGCUCUCCUUCCCGGUGCCAUGGGGAGAAAUCAAAGGGAAAGUCUGGGGUCCUGAUCACGGUCGACCUGUGCUGUGCCUGCACGGAUGGGCUGACAACUGUGGCACAUUCAACACCCUCAUUCCCCUGCUACCCAAAGAGUGCAGAUACGUGGCAGUGGACCUGUCAGGUCACGGUUGGUCGUCGCAUCGUCCUCCUGGAGUUUUCUACAAUUUUCCUGGGUAUCUGCUGGAUGUACGCAGGGUCAUUGACGCUCUGCAGUGGAGUAAAUUCUCCAUCAUAGGCCACAGCAUGGGUGGUAACAUUGCUGGAAUGUUCAGUUCACUGUAUCCUGAGAUGGUGGAUGCUCUUGUUUUGCUGGACUCAUAUGGAUUCUUACCCACAGAUCCGAAAGAAAUGCUUGAAGUAAUGAGGCAGGGGACGGAUCAGAUGAUUGAGUAUGAAAAAAUGACGAGAGAGAAGACGAGGAGAGUCUACACUUAUGAAAAUGCAGUAGAGAGGCUGUUGGCUGCAAACCCAACUCUGUCUGAACACUCUGUGCGCAUCCUUUUAGAGCGAGGUAUAGUUGAAGUUGAAGGAGGUGUGGCCUUUACCAGAGACUUUCGGAUUAAUCUGAAAAAUACAUCGCGCAUCAGUUUUGAGCAGGCUCUGGAAUUGCAGUCGGGGAUACAAGCCCCCGUUUUAGUUGUUAUAGCAGAGGACGGCUUUGAGAAACUAUUUGUGAAACCAGAGCACAGACCAUUUACAUCAGCAAUUCUCCAGGCCUAUAGGGACAGAAAUCACUCUGUGGUGGUGACGGUACCAGGCGAUCAUCAUAUCCAUCUGAAUAACCCCGAAGUCGUUGCUCCACUUGUGUCUGACUUCCUGCUGACCAAACUGUUGAAACGGACAGCUAAACAAACAGAAAAACAGGCCUCAGUGUCAUAGCAAACACACAUACACACACACACACAAACAGGCACACACAUCAGUUUUGCCUUAAGUCAUAUUUCACUUCUGGUGAAAACAAUUAUUUAACGUGUAUUUAUACUUAACAGUUUACACUCAACUUGGGAGCUUAAAUCUGUCAAACAGCUAUUGUAGCAUCAAAUCAUUUAGGUUAAUUUUAGUUUUGGUGGACUCCUAAAUUAUUUAAAGCAGCUGUGCGUAACUUGUUAUAGCGCCCCUUUGGUCGAAGCGGUAUCACACCCACACCCUGGUGUCGUAAAAUUCUGACUGCAGCCGGCAUUCAGCUUCAUUCGUAAAAUCUCGACUGCAACCGGCAAUUACCGCAUGCAUUUGUUUUGGAGAGCGAGAGGAUCAACGUUACUAACAUUCUUAUAAACUGAGGACAACUGCCUGCUGUAUAUUUGUGUUCAUGGUCACAGAUAAUUUUGUGGCGUUUGUUGCAACGUUACUAGACAAAAGUGGUUCACACCAGCUAACAUUACAUGUAGCUUGCUUAUAACUUCCAUGUCGCGGUAUAUUCUCUAAAUAAAAACAAAAAUUACAUACCUGUCGAUUAGGAAAAGGGCCAACUCGGGAUCAGUUUUAGAACCUUUCAUUUCUCUCAGUUCUCUCCACUUGGUGAAUGCCCGACCGAGGUUUACAUGUGUUUGGGCUCGAGCCCUGUUCUUUUUCUUUUUCUUUUAGAUGGUGUUCAUUCAUUAUCAAAAGUACAACCAAGUCCUCAUAGAUACGCCUCUGGUAAAACUGUUAGGUGUUAUGUGUUCAGCACUGCCCGUUGUGUACUGCUUACUCGAAGAACACUGUAAACACGGCUUCUUCUUCUGUGGUUUAAUCGCUGCGGGCCGCUGCGGGCGAGCAGAAUCACUUCCGCCUCGGGUGCCGUAUUCUGGUUUGCUGACUUCCGCUGUGUGUCCGACCCGACCGAGGCUACGCUAAAUAGCCAUAUAGAGAAAGGCUUUUUUGUCACUGCUGGGUUCAAAUAAAUAUGCGGAUCUUCAAGGGGGGGUGAUACGAACUAGGGGCAGUUUUAUAAAUGGUAAAAAGUUCCGCACAGCUGCUUUAAUGUUUGUUAAUAGAUAUUGAUGUGUAUUGUUGUUGAGUGUCAGUGCCAUUGUGGGUAAAAUGAGCCAUGUUUUACACCAAGCUGCUUCUCUUUAACUCCAGAUGGUCGGUAAGAUGUUGAGUAAGAUGAGAGAGACAGAUCAGCCAAAGAACAAAAACGGCCAAAUUAGUGUUCUGGCACAGUUCGUAUCUUUUGCUUUUUGAUCCAGUGAAUAGAUAUCACUCGGUUCAGUGGAUUCAUAUUAAGUCUGUGUUGGACAGAUGUUAUCCUUUGUGCUGACAAGAGUCAACAACUGGCUUUCAUGUGGUGUUUUGUGUGUGAUGAGGAUGGCAUGAUACAUUAAGAGACAUUAGCUUAAAGGAGUACUCCACCUUUUGGGCAUUACACUCCUGUAACCUUGUUGAAAUCACAAGUUGUCAAAACCUGGCGCCUAUAUUACCCACAAUGCAACUCACAGACACUGCCUUUAGUUGAAUGUUAACUUAACCAGUGGAACAGAAGGACAAAUAGAAAAGCUGGCAAUGGAGGGACUUUGGUCAAUAAUGCUCAAUGUAAACUGCAGAUACAAGUUAACGUGGUGUUAGAUUAAAUGUCACAGGGUUAUUUAAGCCUCUCAGAUCCAAAUGACUAGGAAUGUAAGGCAAGACAAGUUUCAGAGUUGUAUACGCACAAUUUAACUUAAAUGGACAGUUUCAGAAAAGUAAGGUCUUUCUCUGUCCUCUAAGGUUGAAAGUCUCAUAUCUUUUUCACCUCUGACAAGUGUGGUCAGAAGUGUGUUUUGUUGCACCUGAAUAUACACACAACCAUGACAGCACUGGGUCCUGAGGGACACCUGUACAUCACUGCAGCAAGAUGAUAAGCUAAAACAAUGAAGGUCAGCAAAGACAAGAUUUUCAGGGGGUGUUAAAGGAUUACUGCACCCCACAUGAUCAGAUUUAUGUAUCGGUUACUUCCCCUGUGUUACCUUGAAUUGAUGAAAACUUAGUCAUUCUUGCAUGCUUCCAAUGGGAACAAAGAAUCGAAAAACAGAGAAAAUUAUUGAUAAAUUGAAUCAUAGGGGACUGUGUUCCACAGCAGCAAACUGUAACCAAACAUCUGUUGACAAACUGUCACACAACUCGUGCACUGUAAUCCACGUCUCAUUUAUCCAGACGUACGCUCAGUAUUUACCAAACAAACAGCCUGUUCUGACAAGUAAAACUUAUCUAUGCUCUCGUCAAAGCCAGACUCCAUUGACAAAAACAGUAAAGUUACCUCGCUGAACAAGGGAGGUGCUUGUCUACUGCUGCCUUGAUCACUUAGUUUGUGUUACUGUGUAACUUUGAUGUUUUAAAGGAUCAGUUGGAAUUUACACAAUAACAUAAGCUCCCGAUUGAGGCAGCAAAGUAAACGUACUGUUUUCGUCAGUGGAGUCUGGCUUUGAAGAGAGCGUAGAUAAAUUUUACUUUAAGUUCAGUAACCUAUCAGAUAGGGCCGUCUGUUUGGGAAGUACUGAGCAUACAGCUGAAUAAACAAGACUUGGAUUAUACUGCAUGAGUUGUGUGAGAGUUUGUAAAAAGAUCAUUCAAUAUAAUAUUGCUGCUGAGAAAAACAAAGUUUUCUUCACAAGUUAACAUGACAUGGGGUGAGUAAUUAAAAUACAGAUGGUCAUAUGGGGAGUGAAGUAUUCCUUUAUUUUACUUUUAAAUAAAAUUAUGUGAAAGUAUAUAAUAUUUUUUUAAUGACAGUGUGAGAACAAUGAGACAUCUUGCCUCUCUCAUUUAGAACAAUAAAAGUAACACCUCUCAAUACAAUCUAGUCCAGCACAACCUCACCUGUAACAAUAACCUCAAUAAUGAAUUGGAUUUACACAUUUCUGACAGUGCCAACACAGAUGUUUAGCUUUAGAUGUUGUGGCUGAGCUGCUGUGUUGGACUGCAUUCGAUUGUACAGAUGUGCCUAAUAAAGUUCUUGUUAGUGUUUGAGGCUGCAGAACUCUGUUUGGUGCUCUCCUGCCGUCCUGCAGUACAGACUGCUGUGUAUUUGCAGGCAGUAGUUUUAUCACCUUGUAGCUGCUAUCUUUGAGGAUUGUUUGAAAUGCGCUGUGGCAGCUCAGGUGUCUUAGAAGUCUGCUGCCUGUUGUAAAUAUUUUAGCAGUUAGACAAUUUCUCUGAAGUGUGUGUGUGUGUGUCCUCAUGUUUAAUCUCAAAGUUAGUGAGCUGUGGGAGAAAGAGUGUGUACCUGAGUGCCACAGAGAGCAGAGGAUGAAUCUUAACAAGUGCACAAUAGUUUCACAGUAUCUUUUUUUACUGCUUGUUUUCGGUAAUUAAGCAGUUAAACUAUGUUAAGAAUGAAUUGAAUGAAUUUGGAGGAUUAUGUUGGAAAUCUACAAAACUACACUUCCUUAAAUCUUAAGCAAUAAUUUAAUCUUUGAUUAUUUAACCUUUUACUACUGUCAUCGUCUGUUGUCAUCAUUUGUUUUUCUGUGAUCUAAUUUUAAAUAUUAAACGUAUUCAUAUUUAUAAUGUGUUUUACAUGCUGUCUGGUGUAAAUAUUUACCCAUGAAAAUAAUUCAUGACAUUUGCAUAAAAUUUCCUUUUCUCUAAAAUGUCAAAAUGCAGACAAAUUGCACAUUUUGCAUUUGUGCAAACUUUGCGUUUUGUGAUAGCCAUCCAAUAAAUCUUUAAAGAAACAUGCAGUGGUUUGACAGCUGUUUAAGGGAUGUGGACAGUUAUAUGUAUUUUAAACAAU